AUGCUACGGCACGGGCCUCGGUCGCCUCAGUCCGUCACUGUAAGGCUGCGUCCACGCAGUUUUCCAUGUUAGUCCUCGCGGCCCCCACUCUUGCGCGGUACACGAGGCGCGCCACCGCCGUGUCAUACUGUAGUGUCUCCCUCUCGCUCGCGACCGCGUGUGCGAUCGAUCAACACCAUCGAUUUCCACCGAUACGUUUUACACAUUUUUCUGAAUGAAAAGUCCUUGUUAAACGUAAAACAAUAAACCCUGAAGUGACUGAAAGUUUUUAAACGGUGCCGCUGUUUUGUAGUAUAAAUUGUGAAGUUUACGUGUAGUUUUUUUAUUGAACGGAGCAACCCGUAAUGUGCUGACAUGCCGAUAACAGCCGUGUCUCGUGAGACGCCGCCCGCGUCGCCUCCGCUGCACGCCGCCACAUACGAAGAGGCAUUAGCCACCGCCGAGCCGGGGGAUACAAUAGCAACUACCAAAGAAGAAGAAUGGGUGACGCGGAAGAAAAGCGAAGUGACAACGACCCGACAGAUCGCGACCAGAGUCAAGCGCGAGCUGAUCUUAGAAGAUGGGCGAAUACUCAGCGACUCGGGGCCCAAGAUAUCUACCUCUGUCAAUGAAGACACGCACACCACCAAUUACCAACAGACUGAGCAUCGGGUACCUGACGAGCAACUUGGUGAAGAAGCUUUAGAAAAUGAAGUUGGCGGAGCCAUUGGGGCGCCGGUUGAUGAAGUGGACGGUCCCCUAAUCGGUACCGUGGUGGCUCCGGCCGGGGCUAAGGUGCACGUGACGUCCCUGGUGGUGGCUAACCCUGACGGCAAGGUGCGCGAGAGUCAUGACAAGCGGGUGCUCACCAGGAAUAUCACUGAGAGGGUCCAGGAGACCGAGGAGCGGAUACAUAAGGGGGAUACUACUCAUGAUGCUUUGAUAGCGGCAGUGAAUGAGACCCCGGAGGAGGACAUCCGCGAUGCUCUGAAGUCGCAGACAGAACAUCAGCUGGCGCUAGUUCCGCGCGGGCCCAAGCUUGUGAAGGAUACCAUCGCGUACAAUACUACUGUCACUACUGAUGACACCGAGGAACUUCGCGCAUUGCGACCAGAUGGCACGAUAGUGACGGAGACACGACACACCAAGGAGCAAGAACGGAUCUGUGACGAAGAACUCUCUAAAGACGAGGCAAAAUCUUUGGCGAGCGAUAAGAGCGUGGUAGAACAGACAGGGGGCACGGAGCGACGCAAGCGAGUGGACCUCGAGCAGAGCACUGAUCUGAUGGCGGGUGGCUUGCGGGUCGCUACGCACAUCAACUCGCGCUCCCGCACUGAAGAAGUUGAAAGAGAGGGACAGCCGAACAUGGAUGACGAUUGGGACAGUUUAUCAGUGAGAAUGCGACGACAGCGCCGACUCCGUCAUGCCGAACACGACAAGGAUUACAAACGUCCCGUCGACUACGACAUCGAAGAGGAAACACGCAAGAAAGAAACAUCCAAGUGGCUGGAAAACCAUUUCGGCAGUGAAUCCCGCUCAUCACACGACUCUAUCGCUGAAGAAAUAGGACGAAGACCUGAUCCCGCCUUUUAUAAAAAGGCUGAAGACGAGGGAUACUACGGGAAGACAUCAUCUGUGCCACCACCACCUGUGUAUGGAGAUCGUGUGCUUCGCAAAACGAAAUCGUCGACGCCUUCAGACGAACGACCAGCAGCACCAGUGAACAGGACCGGUGGAUACUUCAAGGGAGUUGCGGACUGGUCGCAGCGACGUGCCAGUAAACCCAGGAUGCCUGAACCACGCAGCUCAUCACCAUCUCCACCGACAGUGCGUUCACCAUAUGCUAGUGACGAUCGAUUAAACGGCUCCUCCCCUAGACAUGUGUACGGGAAGCGCGACUCGCCUCAGGGGAGGUCAUCACCUAUCGGCCGCCGUCAUCCGCCCUCGCGCGACGACUCCGCCUACGUAUCGUCGUCAACUAUGCACAGCCCACCGCGUGGCUCGCCUUUCCGGCCGCUAGAAGCCGAGCGCUCCUUCCGCGAGCCCUCGGUCGAAGACGACUACCGGCCUAUCGCGCCGGAACGAAAACGACCGGUGAAACAAAGACUAUCUGAAGAACAUCGUUACGACAGUGGCUACAGAAGCUCAUCCCGGAACGAGAAUUCGGGACGGUCACGUGAUAGUCGUGAAGAAGGGGCAGUAGAACCCCCGCCGGAUUAUUCUCCUCCCAGAGAGAGGCGUGAAAGUUCGGACAGAGAUCGUACACCACCGAGGCGACGGGACAGGGAUGAACGCAAACAGAAUCAGAAAACUCGUUUCGCUGACAAUGGGCGGCGUCCAUCUCCGGCACGUAAGUCAGUGGGGUCUGCGAUCGGGAACUCAAUUCGGAAGUUGGUUGGUAAGAUUCGCUCGGCAUCUGCGGAGCGGCGUGCUCGCUGGCGCAACUCUCGGACGCCGUCGCCGGAGCACUCGUCGCGCACCUACAAGCAGUACGGUGGCGAGCUGGCGCCCCCCGUCGCUCCACCGCACCGCUACUACCUUGGGGAGGACCCCUUCGCGCCCAGCAUCUACGGCCGAGAGCACAAGUACGAGGGCAGUUCGAGACGCGCAGCCGUCGCCGACGCCCGCGAUCACCGCGAAAGGGGCCAAUUCUCGAGCACGCUGGGUCGAUUCAGUCACUCGACAAGUAGACUGAAUCCGAACAUCGAGCCCGAAGAGGAUUACACUCGCAGCGCGCAGACGUUGCCGAGGAAACUGCACGACCGGAAGGAGAAAACCACCGAACCCCAGAAGCCCAGUUCCAAUAAAUACUGGCACCGACUCACACCCAACAAACGCUCCAGCAGUGCCGUGAACAUCUCCAACAACGUGACUGCUGUACCAGACAGUAAAAUCAACGGAUACCCACCAGGACCCGCGAAGCCAGCGCGGACAUACAAAGCUCUCAACAGGAGCAAAAGUUUUGCUAUGGGAGCUCCUGAACAGGAGACUCACCCACGUUACGUUUCUACAAUGAGCCGCAAUUACUCAACUAUGUAUAAAUCCAACCCCCACCUGAGUCGGCUUGAUGAGACUCCGGAGCAGCUGAAAAGCCCAGGAAUCGUUUCAAUUAUCAAUCGUAGUCAACGCGACCUCGCCGAUGCUGUUUCUCGUGAAACAGAGCGUAGACGUGAUGGUCUAUUUGGAGCUAGAUAUGGAAAAACAACUCCAGUGACCAACGGUCAUACCAAUGGCUACAGUAAGGCCACGGCUUACGAUGAAACUGAUAAGAAGAAGAUAUUCCUUAAAGGGCUUCGGGAAAGGGCUCCUGAAUUGUAUCAAACAUUACACGCUGACGACGAAUCAGAUGGCAGCAGAUUAUCGUCUCGGUACAACACACCGUCGCCACAUUAUAAAGAUCGUAUAUCAGAAGAACGAAAAACUCCGUUAUAUAAAACAGAAUCGCUCAACAGGGAAACGAGUCCUUUCGUGUCUCGGCUGGAUACGCGGAUGAAGUCGCCGGCGAUACGGCGAGGCAGCAACAGUAGCGACAACUACUCAGAGACUUACCGGUACACCACUCGCUCAGGUGAUCCCGAACGUCCCAGCGUUACUGACACUGUAGAAACAGUUAGUAAGAAGAUUGUGCCAUCAAGAGACGGUCGCUCAAAAGAGAUUAUCGAGUCAAGAGAAAUAAACUCGGUGACUAAAAGCAGGGGGUACAAAGGCGAACCAAUAGCGAGUCCUAAGUAUAUAGAAAAUGGCAUCCGGACCGCGCCGCUCGGAUAUGAGUCUAAGAAUGGCCCUUUGUACUCGGAACGAAGGAGUAGUAACUAUAAAGUUAUCGAGAAAAUAAGAGAUUAUUAGUAACAUGUAUAACAUUCAGAAAAUUUAAUUUUAAAUGUUUAUUCUGCCAUAUUUUUCGAAUGUACUAAAUGAAUCAAAGUCAUACACAGACUGAAUCUUUGAAACGCUUUAGUUAGUAAGUAUCUAACUUUAUUAUCACACACAGUAACUGUUGUUAAUGUUCGUGUAAGAAGCUUCGUGUUAUCAUUGUAAAAAGUCAUAGAGCUUUACUAAUUUAACUUUAAUAUUGGUCUAAUUCCGUCCAGUGUACUUAUACAUUUGUAACAAUUUCGGGUACGUAAGAUUUUAUGAUCGAAAGCGUUAACUUUGUGAAUAGCUUUAUAUUUUUAAUAACACUUAUUGAUACUGUAUAAGAGAAUAAUGAGUAAAAGUAAUAAUAAACUAGAUAAGAUUUUAUAAUAAAAAUGUAUCAAUAAAAUUAUAAUGUGUUAAUACGCACUAA